AUGCGGCUCUCGGCUCUGCUGCUGUAUGAUGAGUGGUGGAGGUGGUGGUGCUUGGGUUUUGGUUUUGGUUUGAAGGGGGAAGAGGGAGAGAGGUGGGGGAAUGGAGGUGCCGGUGCGGGUGCUUUUUGUUACGAGGGCGCUGCUGCCGCCACCGGUAGGUGUGCUCAAAAGCGGGGGCGAGCGAUGGCGCAGGGUCCAGCGAGGGAGGAGAUGGGAAGAAAGUGGUGCGGGGUGGCCGGUGGGGAAAAGUUGGGAACGCAGCUCUGCACUCUGCAGCUCUCCUCCGUCAUCUCAGAGAGAGAAACAGAUGCAAUCAUGUGGGAUGGCACUCUACCGGGGUAG